GGACUAUGAUGCUCGACCUUGUCUCGAGGUUAGCCUUCUAAGACCCUCCGGAGGCAGUUAACGUCGACGGUGAGUAGAAAUGAUGGUUCCGACGGCGGCUAGGAUUUCAACCUCCGCCUCCCAACUUCUACGCCGCAAAUCUCGGCAGCUGUGGUCGUUAUCCUCCUUCUCUCCGCUCUCUUCCAGCUCUAAUUACGCCCCUCACCCUCUCAGGAUAUUUAAGUCAUUAAGCUAUGGUGAUCUUUUGUGCAAGGUUCUGCAUAAGGAGUCUUGUAAAGGAUCUUCGUGGAGCGUUGGAUACUCAAGAUCCUCUUGGUUCCAUUCGAUUUCAGCUCGUGAGACCGAUGAUUGCGUUAGCAAACCCGAGAACAGUUUGAUUCAAGAUGGAGUAUCUUCUACAAAACCGAAGAGGAAGAAGCUCAAAGGCAAGCGAGCGGUUGUGCGGUGGCUAAAGUUUUUCCGGUGGAAGAAGAAGAAAGAGGUCGAAAGAAUGACUUCUGAAGAAAAGAUACUCAACAAACUAAGAAAGGCUCGUAAGAAAGAGGAACGGCUUAUGGAGACGAUGAAGAAGCUAGAACCUUCAGAGUCAUCGGAGACGACGCACGACCCGGAGAUAUUAACACCGGAGGAGCAUUUCCAUUACCUGAAAAUGGGUCUCAAGUGCAAGAACUAUGUUCCCGUAGGGAGAAGAGGGAUAUACCAAGGAGUGAUUCUGAACAUGCAUCUUCACUGGAAGAAGCACCAGACGCUACAGGUUGUGAUCAAAACGUUCACGCCGGAGGAAGUAGACGAGAUCGCUGUCGAGUUAGCGAGGUUGACCGGAGGGAUCGUGCUCGAUGUCCACGAAGGGAACACGGUGAUUAUGUACAGAGGGAAGAACUAUGUUCAGCCUCCUACUGAGAUCAUGUCGCCGAGGGUUACUCUCCCGAGGAAAAAGGCUUUGGACAAAUCUAAAUGCCGAGACGCGCUUCGCGCGGUUAGGAAGUAUAUCCCGAGGCUCGAACAAGAGCUUCAGUUGCUUCAGGCGCAGGCUGAGUCCAAGAGAGAAUGUCCGAAUGUAGUCGAGGUUGUUGAUGAUACUGAAGAGAGUUUAGAUCAAAGGUCGGAAGAGUUAAAGAAGAUUAUAGAAAGAAGCCAGGAUGAGCAAGAAGAAGAAGAAGAAGAAGAUGUGGAAUCAGAAUUGGGGACGGAUUCGGAUCUUUUGGAUAUCUUUGAGACUGAUUCGGAAUCGGAGAACGAGAAGGCAGAGCGGCCGCUUUUUCUUGAGGAGUUUGAGAAAUUUCCAGCAAGAAACAAGAACAUAGAAGAUGAAGAGGAGGAAGAUGAAGAUCCAGUGAAGGCUAAAUCAGGAGAUGAGUCUCCAGACUUUGAUGAAGUGGAUAAGAUGUUUCUUCGGGCAGCUUCGCUUUUGAAGAAGAAAAGACGAUGAAGAGAAUCAAUCACCAGGAGAUUCUUGUUUUCAUCAUCUCUUUUUGCUCAUCUCACGAUUGGUACAAAGUGAAGAUGGUGUUUAACAAAGUCGCAAGUAUUUAUCUUCUUUCUCCACUUUCUCAAACCGUUAUUGUUGUCUGUUAGCAAUUUGACAAUGUGGUUAUGAGAAGUAUGCGUGCUUCGUUUUUAAAAGUUUUAUUGUGAACGUAAAGCUCCAAAAUAAUGCCAAGAUUUUUGUUCUUACCA